AUGCCAGCUGUCACUAUGGAGGAGAUAGAGCGGCAACUGUCAGCGGCCAAGUCGUGGAAGGCGCCCGGUGAAGACGGCCUACCGGCGAUCGUGUGGAAGAUGACCUGGCCCACAGUCAAGCACCGGGUCCUCGACCUCUUUCGAGCCUCACUGCAAGAGGGCACACUGCCAAGACAGAGGAGACACGCGAAGAUCAUACCGCUCAAGAAGCCGAAUAAAGGUGACUACACCAUUGCAAAGGCAUGGAGGCCCAUCUCACUCCUUGCGACACUCGGAAAGGUACUGGAAUCAGUGGUUGCAGAAAGAAUCUCACACGCGGUGGAGACGCAUGGGCUGCUCCCGACGAGCCAUUUUGGGGCCCGGAAGCAGCGUUCCGCAGAGCAAGCCUUGCUGUUCCUGCAGGAGCAGAUCUAUGCGGCAUGGCGUGGCCGACGAGUGCUGAGCUUGAUCAGCUUCGACGUCAAGGGAGCCUACAACGGAGUAUGCAAAGAACGACUGAUCCAGAGGAUGAAAGCCCGAGGCAUACCAGAGGUGUUGCUUCGUUGGGUCGAGGCCUUCUGCUCGGAACGAACGGCGAAGAUGCUGAUCAAUGGGCAAUUAUCUGAGACUCAAAGCCUGCCGCAAGCUGGACUGCCGCAGGGCUCGCCCCUGUCUCCGAUUCUAUUUCUGUUCUACAACGCAGACCUCGUGCAAAGACAGAUCGACAGUCAAGGAGGAGCAGUCGCUUUUGUGGAUGAUUUUACCGCAUGGGUGACUGGGCCCACCGCGCAGAGUAACCGGGAAGGAAUUGAAACCAUUGUCAACGAGGCGCUCAAUUGGGAAAAGAGAAGCGGAGCGACAUUCGAGGCCGACAAGACGGCCAUCAUACACUUUGCUCCCAAGAUGCGUAAAUCGGACCAUUCGCCAUUCACGAUCAAGGGGCAGACGGUGGUACCCAAAGACCUCGUUAAGAUCCCAAAAGUGGACGCCAAACCUAGAGGCAGUACGGGCCUCAAUACGAUUUGCCAUCGCGACAGGCCGACUCGAGGCCACCUAACCAUGCCGACGAGCAUAAAUCACCCCUUUCACUCUCCUCUCACUCUAGCCUAA